AUGUCUUCCAGACUCAUACUGAGCAAAUAUCUGGACCUGCAACAACGGAAGAAAUUGCAAUGCCGAGGCGCAAACAAUGGCCAAGAGGGCAAUAAAAUCGAUGUUUGGGGGAUGCGGGCCAGAAGAAAAGGAAAUAUAACAGCUAUCAAAUGCGGGUCGAUGGACGACGGCCCAUAG